AGAUAACAGAAGAGAUUAGUGAAAGAAUAUUUGGCUAUAUAAACACUCCCAUGACCAGGCCUCAACUUCCAUCUGUCUUCACACCCUCCCUCUUGAAACACUCUCUAAUUUAUGGAUUCCAGCGCUAUGCUUUCCAAAGACACCACCUGGUGCUUCUUUGCUCUCCCUGCCUUUCUGGGCUCUAACAACCUUCUGGAUCCCUUUGUUUUGUUCUCUCUUUUUAUCUCCUUGCUCAUUCUUGCCCUUCUCACUUGGGCUUUCUCCCCAGGCGGGGUUGCCUGGAAAAAUGGGCGUAACAAAAUGGGCUCUGUCCCCAUCCCCGGCCCAAUAGGCCUUCCUGUUUUCGGAAGCUUGUUCACUCUCAGACGCGGCUUGCCUCACCGCGUUCUGGCUUCCACGGCUUCCGCUCGAGCCGGUCUCAACAAACAGCUCAUGGCUUUCAGUCUCGGCUCAACUCCAGUGGUGGUGACUUCUGAGCCGGUGGUUGCGCGUGAGAUUCUCACUUCACCUCAUUUCGCGGACCGUCCGGUUAAACUAUCGGCCAGGACGCUCAUGUUCGGUCGAGCCAUCGGCUUUGCUCCCAACGGCGCGUACUGGCGCCACCUCAGACGAAUCGCUUCCACUCAUCUCUUCGCUCCCCGGAGAAUCGCGGCACACGAGACUCGACGCCACGCAGACUCUGCCGCUAUGCUGCAUGCUAUCUCAACCGAACAAGCGACACGUGGCGUCGUGACUCUGAGAAAACAUCUGCAGAAUGCUUCGUUGAAUAACAUCAUGGGGAGUGUUUUCGGGAAACGGUUUGAUUUUGCGCGGGAUAACAGCGAGGCAAAUGAGCUCAAGGAAAUGGUGGCGGAAGGGUUUGAGUUAUUAGGUGCAUUUAACUGGUCUGAUUAUUUGCCAUGGCUGAGUUAUGUUUACGACCCGUAUCAGACGGUUAAGAGAUGCGAGGCGCUUGUGCCUCGCGUCCGGAGAUUUGUUGGAGGCAUUAUUAAAGAACAUAUGAUGAAUGAGUCGAGUGGUGCAUGUGAUAAUGGUGAUUUUGUUGAUAUUUUGUUGUCUAUGGAGGGGGACGAAAGGCUUAGUGAAGAUGACCUGAUCGCUGUGUUGUGGGAGAUGAUAUUUAGAGGGACUGAUACAACAGCUUUGUUGACUGAAUGGGCAAUGGCGGAGUUAGUUUUGCACCAGGACGUUCAGGCAAAAGUUUACCAAGAGAUUCAUCACAUUGUGGGCAACAAAAACAUCACAGAUGCUGAGGUGGCAAAGCUACACUACCUCCAGGCCGUGGUGAAGGAGGCUCUCCGGCUCCACCCGCCGGGCCCGCUUCUCUCAUGGGCCAGGCUGUCCACCUCAGACGUCCAUCUCAGCAAUGGCAUGGUGAUCCCUGCCAACACAACAGCCAUGGUCAACAUGUGGGCCAUCACACAUGACUCGAACUUUUGGGAGGACCCACAGGAAUUUAAGCCAGGGAGGUUUCUCGGAGGUGGUGACGUGGACGUGAGAGGUGGGGAUCUGAGGCUCGCGCCAUUUGGGGCGGGUCGUCGGGUCUGCCCGGGCAAGAAUCUGGGCCUGGUGACCGUGAACAUGUGGGUUGCUAAGUUGGUGCAGAACUUUAAGUGGGUCCAGGAUGUGGCUAAGAAUCCAAUUGACCUGGCUGAGGUGUUGAAGUUGUCAUGUGAAAUGAAGAUUCCUCUUACUGCUGUGCCCAUCCCAAGGAAUCAUUUUGUACAUUAGGUUUACUAUGCUUUCUUGAGUAAUACGUGUUCAUGUACUCUUUGUAGCAGCGUGUUUCAACUUUGAAAUUGAAGUUUAUCGAGCGAAUUCAAUCU